AUGGUCAAGGAGAGCAUGACUAGCAAAAUAGCACUAACAGAUUCCGAUCUUGAAGUUCCUCAGAGCAAAGUCCGACCCCUUCGUAUAGCCAUGAAUCCUAAAUUGCUCGAAACAACAAGAUUAGGAGAUAAAGGAGGUCUAGAUGAAUCACUGCGACAAAAAGAUUUUUCUUUGGGAGCUUCAAUGUCGGAGAUUGCAAUAACAAUAUCAGAGGAUGUUGCAAUACAAAAUGAUACUAGUUACCUCCCCAAAGUAACACCGGAGGGUAACAUAGCCCUCCAAAGACUUGGUAGCCAAAGAAAUUUGGAGCUUGCUAGUGAGAUCUGCCAUAGAGAGGGAUCUCUUUUGGUGGCACCAAAUAUGAGGCUCGACACUCUAUUGCAUUGUGCUGCAAGGGCUGGAGAUGACAAGAAGGUCUCCAUCAUCGUCCAGUCUGUAAGAGAGGAUAGGAUCGAAUCGAGGAGAGUGUUGACAGCAAGGAACAAGAAUGAGGCCACUGCUUUGCAUGAGGCUGCCAAAUAUGACUAUCAAUGCGUGGCCGAAAUACUGUUGGAGGCAGAUGACAAAUUGGCAUACAUGCUGAAUGAUGCUGGUAUGUCUCCGCUCUAUUUCGCCAUCGUGACAGGAUCCUUCAAUGUAGCUAAAGCCUUGCUGCAGUCUUCUUCCUGGACGAAUGCUUCUCUGGAAUCUUACAUGGGCCCUAAUGGGAAAACGGCAUUGCAUGUAGCAGUCCACCUGAGUCGAGAAAUUACAGAAGAAAUAUUGAAAGGGAAGCAGAUGCUAGCCAAAUGCGUCGAUUCCUCAGGAAGGACUCCUCUUCAUUAUGCAGCUAUAGAUGGAGAUCGUGAUACGGUGAAGCUAUUAUUGGAGUACGAUCCCUAUGCAGCCUGCCGAUCAGAUGCUAAUGGUUUAUUUCCCAUACACAUUGCAGCCAGUGUGGGAAACUUUCAUGUAGUUGAUCAGAUUUUACAACAAUGCUUCGAAACAAGCAAAUUAUUAGACAAGGAGGGAAAGAAUUUUCUUCAUGUCGCUGUGCAAAGGAGAAGAUUAGAUAUGGUCAAGAAAAUUAUAUCCCGGCGACCAAAUCUGGAUUUGUUAAAUGACCAGGAUAACAAGGGGAAUACGCCGUUACACACGGCUGUUGAAAACAGUGACCAACGGAGCGUGCAUUUUCUUCUGCGCGACAAAACCGUACGCUUCAACAUUGUAAACCGUGACGGCUUCACCCCUCUUGAUUUGGCUUGCGAAAAGAUGGAUGAAGGCCUGCACUUCUGGAUGUUAUUUGGUACCUCAGGCUGCGGGGAUUUGAACAUCACGGGCGUAAAACUUCUCAACAGUCUAGGGAAGCACCUCAUCGUGGACAAGAGCAAGGGGGUUCACUUGAAGGGGCUCAGCUUCGUGUCUCCGGAAGACAGCCCUUACACGGAUGGCAUAUACAUCGGAGAGUCUCAUUAUGUUGAAAUAAAUGAUGCCACCAUUGGAACAGGAAUCUCACCUUGCGACAUCGUCCUCUCAUCCUUCCGAGUUUCCUGUCUCGUGCCUGAUCCAUCUCCACCUGGAGCUCCGCCUCGCUCUGGGCUCCGCCUGGCUCUCAAAGCUCCACCUCGCACUGGGCUCUCCGCCAGCGUUGGAAGCUCAGGGGGGAACAGCUCAAAUUUGACCGUUGAGGAUGUGCAUGCCUCAAAUGCUAGUUUCUGCCAAUUGGAUGGUGGUCUGAGGGUUCAUACAUGGCAGGGAGGGUCUGGUUUUGCUAAAGGGAUCUUGUUUGAGCACAUCAAUUUUACUUCGAUAGGGAACCCCAUAGUUACAUCAACUGUGGAAGUGAGCAAUGUUCAGUUUGUUGAUGUACAUGGGACUUCUAGAUAUGGCCAUCAA